UUCAGCGAGUGAUAUCCCUUUUUCUUAUAGUUUUUAGGAUCUGCAGAGAAGGGGGAAAGGAAGAAAAAGAAACAGAAAAAGAAGUCUGAAGAUGAUGAUGGAUAUUUGUCGGAUGAUGUCGCAAAAUACGUUGAUAAAUCUUACAAAAACUGUGCCUCCAGACUUAGCUAUAAGAGUAUAAAACCAGGAGUGACUAUUCUGGGCCGAGUGCGAAGCGCACAAGAAACUAAGCUGACAGUGUCGUUACCGGGCAACAUGAUGGGCUCAGUCAUGGCGUGCCAUGUUAGCGAGGCUUACAACAAACUGCUGGAGGCUUACGUCAAUGAUCAGGCUGAAAAGAUACGAGAGCUGCCUGAAAUGUUCCGGCCCGGGCAGUACAUCGCUGUGAAAGUGUUGGAGGUGGAAGGCACUAAACUCAUGCUGUCCAUGAUGCCGAAAGACAUCUAUGGGGGUCUCGCACGUGAAGAUGUUCAGAAAGGUGAUCUAGUGCAAGCUGCUGUGACGUCAGAGGAAGACCAUGGCUACAUUAUGGAUAUAGGCAUUCCCAACACCAAGCCAUUCUUGCCUAAGAGCAAACACAACCCAGAAUUGGAGCUAAGUGCAGGUAUGGUGACGUGGUGCUCCGUGCGGUCGGUAGCUCCUGAGACCGGCAUCGUCAAGCUGAGUACCGACCCGGAGACCGUGCGGCGGUCGGCGCCCUCCAGAAAGCCUGGCAAGGCGCUACUGCCCGCCACUUCAGUGCAAUUCGUUGUUGACAAGCCCCUUGACAACGGGCUGGAGGGCCGCGUGGGCGAGCUCACCGCCUACAUCCAGCGGCAGCACCUCGACAAGGUCGCGGGGAGGAAGCCCGCCAUCGGACAGAGGAUAAACGCGCGCGUGCUAUACGUGAUGCCGACGCGCAACACUCCGUUUCUGACUAUGAAGGACAUCUUCGCGACCACCUGCCCCGACCUGCAGCAGGAGCAGACGCUCAAGGAAGGGGACAUCAUCGAGGAAGCUCAGGUUUGUGCCUCAAUUGUUACUCUAUGA